AAACAUUAGAAGAAAAAUACUUCAGUAGUUUAAUAUGUGUGCUGUCACUGAGCCAGUUAUAGAUGGAUCCGUUUUAUAAAGUAUUUUUUUUAUUGUGAAGUCAGAUGAAAGGUGUGCAGCGCGUUUGGUACACAUUAAAAUGUCUUUACUAGUUAAAUCUAACAGAGCCAUCUGUGGCUGCUUUUCGGCUACGUCAGUCUCCAUCUCCAACUGUUGGAGGGUCCGACAGCGUGCGCACAGAGCGUCGUCAGAAAGGCAGCUUACAGUGGUGCUCGAAGUCUCCCCUCGCAGUGCCAGAGAACGCGGUGGGCUUGUCUCCACAACCAUUUGUUUUUGAAGACAGAUGUGCACGGACCAACUGCUUUAGCUGGAGCUCCUUGGAUAGACUGGGGUUGAAGUACGGGCAACAAUCGUCCACAUUAUUUAAGUACGGGCAAUAAUCGUCCACAUUAUUUAUUUAUUUAUUUUGCUAAGCUGAACUCCAUAUAACGGAUCCGCUGCUUACCGCACUUUCGAGUCAUAUGGGUAAUACUAGCACCCACGACGGAUGAAAUCUUUAUGAAAUGCUCCCUGGUACGCAUAGUCACGGAUAGACACCCUCAGUCCCGACAACUGCUCCUGCAGCCAUGUGCACAUUGGCCUCACCAGGGACUGCAUUUGCGGUCCUUGUCUUCCUCAGCGGGAUUAUGAAAGACUUUCUGCUGUUGGCUGAAGUACAGGGCGAGAUUCUCCCCCCCACCAUUCAGAAGCUGAUGAAAGGAUACAACAAAUACCUGCGCCCUUUCUUUGACAACGGACCGGUCACGGUCGGCAUGAGUCUGGACAUCGCCAGCAUCGACACAAUAUCAGAAAUCAACAUGGACUACACUGCCACUAUCUUCCUGAGGCAGCGGUGGACGGACGAGCGUCUGUGUUUCGACGGCAACAAGAGCCUGAGCCUGGAUGGCCGGCUGGUGGAGCUGCUCUGGGUGCCGGAUACUUUCAUUGUGGACUCGAAGAAGUCCUUCCUCCACGACAUCACCGUGGAGAACAGAUUGAUCCGGAUCUUUCCAAACGGGACUGUUCUGUAUGCCCUGAGGAUCACAACCACAGUGGCCUGCAACAUGGACCUGACCAAGUACCCUAUGGACAAGCAGACCUGCACACUGCAACUGGAGAGCUGGGGAUAUAAUAUAAAUGAUGUGAUGUUCUACUGGACCAGAGGAAAUGACUCGGUGAGCGGCCUGGACACGCUGCGCUUGGCCCAGUACACAGUGGAGGACCACUACACCUCUGUCUCCGAGGCCAUCUAUGAGACAGGACACUACCCCAAGCUGAUUUUCCACUUUGAGCUGAAGAGGAGCAUCCUGUAUUUUAUCUUGGAGACGUACGUUCCGUCCAGCCUGCUGGUGGUGCUGUCUUGGGUCUCCUUCUGGAUCAGUCAGUCUUCUGUCCCGGCCCGCAUCUGCAUAGGCGUGACGACCGUGCUGACUAUGACUACCCUGAUGAUGGGUGCCCGAACCUCGCUGCCCAACGCCAACUGCUUUAUCAAGGCUAUCGAUGUCUACCUGGGAAUCUGCUUCAGCUUCAUCUUUGGGGCUCUGAUCGAGUACGCAGUAGCUCACUUCUGUACUCUGCAUCAACCCAACGGCACCAACGCACUCAUGUACGGACAGCAGGUGCAAGAAUGCGAAGACGAGAUGAACGGCGUCGUGACCACCAUCGCCAGCAACUCCACCCGUUUGAAGAAGCGUAAGGAAGCCCCGGCCGCCCCGGCGACGCCCACGACCCCGGCGACCCCGACGGGCUCAGGCCCCGGGGCGGGCAGCAGCGAGGCGAACGCGGACAUAGAGGCACCGAGCCUGUGUGAGCAGUCCCUCAGCACCGUGAGGAAGUGCCUGCGUUUCAUCAACUGCUGCCACGUGGAGAACCCGCACUACAUAGACAACUACUCACGCAUGUCCUUCCCACUCUCCUUCAUCGCCGUCAACCUGCUGUACUGGACAUACUACUUAUACUUUUAACACCUGAGUGCGUGUGUGUUUGUGUGUGCGUGUUCAUAUGUGUGUGUGUGCGUGUGCGUGUAUGCAUGUGCGUGUGUGUGUGUGCACAUGCGCAUGUGUGUUUGUGUGUGUGUGUGUGUGUGUGUGUGCGUCUGCUCAUUCUGUUGUUUUCCACUUAGAGCGCAUUUGUUUGAAUGAAAAGUUUGGCGAUCAGACUUCGCCGAAGAACCCCAAGAAGUUACAGAACUGAGUGGUGACUGUUUACGCUACGAGAGUGCCAUCCAACACCACAUUUCUAAACAAAAAAGGCAGCGUUAUAAAAGUAUGUGUGUGUGUGUGUGUGUGUGUGUGUGUGUUUGAGGGAAGGGGGACGGUCAUAUAAUCUUUUAUAUGCAGUUCUAUUAUUUAUUUAUUUAUUUAUUCCCCGUAUUUCCUUUGUACCAAACAAAGGACUGAGAACGCAAAACUCAGACCUGACAUCUUCUGACAGCCGCAUGUCCAACAGUAAAUCUUCCAGGUAAAAACCAUGAAAGGUAUAAAGUGCAGAACCACACAACUAUACAACAACUGCUGUACGUCUGUAUUUCCACCAUUUCCACUGAGUCCCCUUGGAGGUGCGUCAGCUUGAGGCAUUUUCACUGCAAACUGAGCAUGGCUGACAGCCCUGGACGUGAUAUUAGAUUUAGCGCCAGUCCUGGGGAGUGAGAGGAGAGGAGUCUUUAUCCUCCGGGAGAGUGUCUUUGGCAGCUUACUGCUAAUCAUGCUUUACUUUUACUGUAUGUUACGUCCGUUUGGCUGUAGAUGUCCUUAUCUGGAGUGACUUACAGUGCAAACACAAGCUCAAAGAUCAGGGAUCGGUGCGCUAAUUUAGUCCCAGGAGGCAUGGCGCAAUCUCGCAACUAGCCUGUUAAACAUGAAACAGUUUCACAAGAAUAAUGAGCCCUAAUGUGCAAUAAACUACAUCCAUCGAACAACAUGAGUAAGCACAGAUUCUGCAAAAAAUAAAGAAUAAAUAAAAUAAUAAAUGCUGGUUUUAUGCAAGUAUUAUAGACUUCACACUAGAAAACAUUUUACCUUCCCGACUGUUUGGAUCCUGUAUCAUUCCAUGGAUAUGGGGAUUCUGAAACAGGCAUAAUGAAAGCAUCGUCAGCCAAUGCACAUAUUUUAGCUACAACCUCACUUGUUCAGUAUCAACCAUCUCUAAACAUAAAACCAGUAUUCAUGUAUUUCUUGGUGAUAUCAGCUUCUUUUGUCUUGGUUGAUACUGCAGCUCUAAGACUUUACUACAUGGUCCAUGCAGACUAUUAACUGGGUCAGUGAAUAUUUUGACAAAUUAUCUCUAUAUAACCACAUUACACAUCUAUUUCCAUCACUAGAGAUUAAUACAACAUUUUAUAUCAUCGGCAUUUAACAAGCUGUUGUGAAAACAACAGAUUCUCAUAAUCUUAAAAUGAAUAAACAGCUUAAUCAACAGUACAACUGUCUGUGCAACUAUAGUCUGUAGAAUUUUUUUUUGGUACCUUUUGCCCUUGAAUAAAUUACAAGGACAGUUUCUCACAGAAGCCUGUGUUUUGAAUGUAGACUGAUUUUGAGGCUUCUAUGAGUAUCAAUACCAUGAACAUUUUGAUGUAAUUGGUAUGUAAUCUUGCCAUACCGAGGAAAAUGGAUCUUCAUCUUCUUAACUGAACCACCGCUCACCACUGUUUAUGUUUUGUUCAGUACAUCCUGUUUCAGGAAUGAGAAGCGUACAACUGAAGGACCAAAGAUAUUAUUUGACAUUUUAUGUCUUACUCCAUUCUCUCUCUCAUCUUAAUUCAUCCAAUUUUUUUAAAUUGUGUAAUUUUGAAGUUAAACUGAGCUUUGUUACAUUUUAAUAACAGCAAGGAAUGUUUAGAUCAGUGAAAUUAGCUAGACGUUAUGAUAAUAUUUUAAAAAAAAACAAAUCCUGUUAAACAAGAAUACAUGUAACUUAAUAGAUGCAUUGUCAGAGGGCAGUUCUCACACCAUGGUUCUGGAUUUCUGCAAGUGUAACUUUCCUUUGAGGGAACUGAUGUUUUUAGCUUAAAUGCUAAUGCAAAUAAGCAGAAUCCAUUUCCCCAUGUUUAUUACUUUUGAAAUGAGCCUUCCGUACAACUGGGAUAUUCUCAAAGUUCCUUGUUUAUUUGCUGCAUGCCUUUCUAUCGUUUUUCUGUCCUUCCGGGCCUUCAGUUUUCCUUUCCUGUAUUUAUACAAAAACGAUGGGAAGGAUGGCUCUUCUUCAUAACUGUCACGAAAUUCGCCAAGUGUAUUCAAAUCAAGCGUAGCUUCUCUCUUGUGCAACUUCAUGAUUGAGGUUAAACUGAUGUACACUGAUCACUGGCAAUACUUUUAUUAUGAUUAGCAUUUAUAAAUAUAUUCAACAUAUUACAAGAAAUCUACCUGUUCAAAACGACUGUCUUGUUGACAUGAACUGAAGUCUGCUACUAUACUGUUAUCUUACUGCACAGAAAUUUUGCUUACCUGAUCAAUUAAUUGAUUGAAUUAAUUAAGUGUAAACAUGUUUUAUGAUUAACUAUUGUUAAAACUGAGAAGAUCUAAACAUUUAACUAGUUGCGUUUGUAUGAUGCACGAUUAAUAUACAUGUACAAGGACUCUUCAUAUAUUUUUGACUGCACUGGGUAAGUUUUGAGUUUUGAAUCUGCAUGUUAUUUUAAGGGUUGAAAUUUAUGUAAGUUGGGACGCAAUCUGUCUAUCGAUCUCCCGUCGUAGAUGGGUAAAGUAGAUAAAGAAACUUUGAUCUGCAAAGUACAGGCUGUACUGUACAGACUAAAAUAUGACUGCAGGUACUCUAGGUCUCAGACUUGAGAGGCAGUAAACUCGUACACCAUGUAGGUCUCCAUGUUAUAAAAUUGUCAGACUCUUGGACAUACAUGCCAUUUUUUCCAGUUAUCAGUAGGAAGGAAAAACAAGCAUUUACGUGCUGGUUUAUUUUUACAUCAUGUUUUAUGCUUGGUAUUGUUUUGAAGAUGCUGAAAAAAAUCAGCACCCAGGUGUCAGAGUACUUAUGCAGGAUUUCAUGCAAAUGUAACUGCCUCCUCUUUAAGCCAUUAGACCACUGGGAGGCAGCCUCUCUCUGUGCAUCCUGACAAGAAAACAAAGGCAAACCCAGCUUGCUAAAUAUCAGUUAAUGUUUUUUUUGUGUUUUUUUUUAGGUUAUGGAAAACAUUGUUCUCUCUUGAUAUUGGGUUGUGAACACAUCUUUAAAUCAUAUUGACAGUGUAUCUGGAAAGUUAUGGGUUGAACAAGAAACAAAACAAAAAUAUUCCUGCAGUCAUGUUAUUCCCCACAAUAUUACAGUAUGUUGCAAAAAAAAAAACACUAAGAACGAGCUGGACGACAAAGCCUCCAUCGACUCGUUUCAACGAAAUUAUUAUUAUUAUUAUUAAUUACAUUUAUAUAGCACUUUUCCAAAUGCUCAAAGUGCUUUACAGUGAAGGGGAACUCACCUCACCCACCACCAAUGUGUAGCACCCACCUGGGUGAUGCACG